AUGAACAACAUGAGCUUAGACACGAUCAAGGAGCGUAUGCGUCAGCAGAAAACUCUAUCUAAGACUCUGCUUGACACUGUUAAUGAACUAAAGAAUGGAAAUGGACAACGCCACUCCAUCAUCAGCAUCGAAGAACAGAAACGAAAGCUAAAGGAAGACUGGGGAUUAUUUUCAGUUUCUCAUGAUGAGAUUGAGCAAUCCAGAGAUCGUCUGCACAGUAACGAACGAAGAGAACUCCGCCACAAUUCCUACUAUCGUCACGAUUUGUAUCAGCAAGUCCAACAGGGUUAUUUGGAAGCCUUGGAGACGAUAAUUCUGCGCCAAGAGAGUUUGCAGCGAAAAUCAUCUCUAGAACCGCCAGCGCAAACCGUAGCGAGUAAAGUGGUGGUCCCUCAAGCACAUGUCAAGCUUCCUAGGCUUCCAUUAAAAACCUUUGAUGGUUCAUUAUUAGAAUGGCUACCUUUCAAAGAUUUCUUCGUUUCGUCAAUCAUCAGCAGCCAGUCUCUCGACGACGUUGAGCGACUACAUUAUUUAAAAUCCAGCCUCACUGGAUCAGCAGCUCAAUUCUUAAAAAACACGACUCUGGUAGCCGAGAACUUCAAGAAAUCGUGGGAAGCUCUGGUGUCAUUCUACGAAAAUAAGCGUCUCUUGACCAACGCUUCCGUGAACGCUCUAUUCUCACUCAAACGCAUGUCGAAGGAAUCUGCCUCGGAAUUAGAAGCAUUGUAUUCUUCUGUCACUCAACAUUAUCGUAUGUUGGAAACUUUAGAACGUCCAGUUCAUCAUUGGGAUGACAUCUUGGUCUUCAUCACUGUCCAACGUCUCGAUUCAGAAACCGUAAAGGCCUGGGAGUAUCAUCUAGGGUCAUCAAGAGAACCUCCUACGUGGUCUCAAUUGACAGAUUUCUUGAUGACAAGAAUCUUAUCUUUACAAGCCUUUGAAAAAUCUAAUCCAACCAAAUCUGUAAACCAAGGGAAGAAGCCCGUUCACGCCCACCACGCUUCAGGUGCUGCUCAACAGCAACAGACGUGCAUUUUGUGUCCAGAGAAACACUACAUUACAAAAUGUCCCACUUAUCAACGCGCGACUGAAGCUCGACGUGUUGAGAUAAUAGCCGAGCACAAGUUAUGUUACAAUUGUCUAGGACAUCAUCGAGCAGCCUUGUGUAAAUCAACGAAAAGAUGUAUCAGAUGUGGGAGAAAACAUCAUACAACGAUUCACGAAGUUAGUUCCAUCACGAAAGAUAAGGAGAACAUUUCAAAGCAACCUCUUCAAGCCCAUUAUGCUACAUCAAGAAAAACUACACCCAACUCUAUCACUCUACUAGCCACAGCUCAGGUCAUCGUAUGUUCAGAUUCUGGAUAUAAUCUGACUGCAAGAGCUUUAGUGGAUCCUGGGUCACAAAUAUCCUUCAUCUCAGCCAGGCUGGUCCAGCAAUUACACUUACCAAAGAAAUCAUCAUAUAUUCCUUUAAUAGGAAUUGGAGCGACCAAAGUUGGAAAGACUCAAGGACUAGUUUCUUAUUAUCAGCAGUGGCCUCACUUAAAGGAGUUGACGUUAGCUGAUCCUACUCAGUCUCCAGGUCCUAUCGAUAUCAUCAUCGGAGCUGAUUAUUACGGACAAAUACUCGAAGAUGGACUCAAGCAAGGACCAGCUAAUACUCCAACUGCUCAGAACACGAUAUUUGGUUGGAUAUUGUUUGGACUAUGUGGCAACCCCAACAUAGAGCCUACAGCACAUCAGAGUUUUCAUACGACCAUCGAUCAAGAGUUGUAUGAUCUAAUUCAUCGUUUUUGGCUGCUAGAUGAAAUACCACAAGUUAAUCAACUACUGUCACCUGAUGAGCAAGCGUGUGAAGAUCAUUAUAAAUCAACUGUACAACGAGACCCCAAGGGUCGCUACAUCGUAAGACUUCCUUUUCAAAGUCCAGCCAACUCUCUUGGACGAUCCAAAGACGCUGCCAACAGGAUGCUUAAUCGAAUAACCAAGAAAAUCGAAACUGAACCCUCUUACAAGGAAGUUUAUACUAAGUUUCUCACGGAAUAUGAAUCAUUGGGACACAUGCAAGCGAUUCCUACCGCUGACCCGGAGCCAGAACCAGUGUAUUAUCUUCCUCAUCAUGGAAUAUUGAGAGGAAGCAGUCUGACUACCAAAUUUCGCGUUGUGUUUAAUGCAUCAAACAAAACUACGUCUGGAGUUUCAUUAAACGAUCUUCUGCAUACUGGUGCGAAGCUUCAAAGGGAUUUGUUUGAAGUCUUAAUCUGGUUUCGACUCUUCCAAUAUGUCUUCACUUCGGAUAUAGAGAAGAUGUAUCGACAAAUCAAGAUUCAUCCAGACGAUUGGAAUUUUCAAAGGAUUUUAUGGUUAGAUCAUCAAUACCGUAUCAUCCAAUAUCAUUUAACCACUGUAACCUACGGGAUUUCAGCCGCUCCUUUUCUUGCCUUGCGCACUAUCUUACAACUCAUCCGUGAUGAAGGAUCCAAAUACCCCAAGGCGGUUCCAGUGCUACUUUCUGGACGGUACGUUGACGAUGUUCUCGGAGGAGCAGAUACAAUUGAAGAAGCUAAAGAAACAGCGAAGCAAGUCAACGAAUUGUGCAUGGCGGGCGGCUUUCCGUUACAGAAAUGGCUCAGCAACCACAAGGAAGUCCUCCAAAGCAUUGACUCCAGUAAGCAUCUAUUUUCUACCACUGUUUCUCUGAAUCCAGAGUCUGAUAUCCACAUCCUAGGAAUGUCGUGGAAUUCAGUGACAGAUACCUUUCAUUUUCCUGUCUUCAAGCCCGCUGAAAAGGUAUUCACUAAGCGAUCUAUCCUUUCCACGAUUGCUCAUCUGUUUGAUCCAACUGGCUUACUGUCACCAAUCAUGAUCACUGCGAAACUCAUCAUGCAAAAGCUGUGGACCAUUAAGAUAGGCUGGGAUGAUCAAUUACCUUCUUCAAUCGCUAACGAGUGGUUAGUUUUCAUCAAUAGUAUGACUGAAAUUGAAAGUUUAGUCUUUCCCAGAUGGAUUGGUUACGCUAAAAAUCAAUCUAUUCAGAUACACGGAUUUAGUGAUGCUUCUCAACACGCUCUGGCAGCAGCAGUCUACAUCAAAACCACCGACUCCAACGGACAAUCUAGAACGGCUCUUUUAUCGUCUAAAACCAAAGUCGCUCCGUUAAAACGUUUAACUAUUCCACGUUUAGAACUAUCAGCAGCAGUACUUCUUGUAAAACUAAUAACUAAUCUAAUGAGAACCUUGGUUUCAUCCGACGUACAAAUUCAUCUCUGGACCGAUUCAUCAAUAGUUUAUACUUGGAUCAACGCUCAUCCUUCCAAGUGGAAGGAGUUCGUACGUAACCGAGUCUGUUUCAUCCAGGAAGCGAUUCCAGCAGCUAGAUGGCGCUUUAUAUCUGGGAAGGAAAAUCCAGCAGAUUGUGCAACGAGAGGAUUAACUCCUCAACAGUUACUCAGUCAUCCAGAAUGGUGGUACGGACCUAAAUGGUUGAUAGAACCCGAAGAUCAAUGGCCAAGCCUUAAUUUAUCUUCUGUCAAAGCUGCUGAUCAGGAGAUACGAUCAGUACAGGUAGCUACUGGAAUUAUGCAACAGCCCAACAAUUAUUUACUUACUCGUUUCUCCAGUUUCAUCAAAUUAAUCCGCAAAACAGUCAUUUGUAAACGAGUCGCCUCUUAUUGGAGACAACGGAUAAACAGGUUUACUCUAUAUUCCCCAAUUUCACCAGAGGAACUAGAAACUGAAAAAAUCUAUUGGAUAAAACUAGUACAACAAGAGUCCUUCUCCAAAGAGUAUCAACUGCUUCUGAAAAAACAAUCAUUACCAUCUUCCAAUUCCCUGGCCAAAUUAACACCAUUUAUUGACAGUAAAGGUUUAUUACGACUUGGAGGACGGUUACAGAAUUCAACGCUUCCUAUGGAUGCAAAACAUCCAUUAAUCGUCCCAAAGGACUCCCCUUUGGCUAAAAUCAUUAUUGCUGACGCUCAUCAAAAGACCCUUCAUGGAGGAGUUCAAGAUACAUUAACCUACAUAAGAAACCACUUCUGGAUACUCAGUGGGCGUUCGCUAGUUAAAUCUAUCGUACUAAAAUGCGCUCGAUGCGCUAGAUAUCGUCAGAAAAGAGCAUGUCAGCUCAUGGGAAGACUACCAAUAGAUAAAGUAACCCCAGCAAGGCCUUUCUUACAAUCAGGAGUAGAUUACGCUGGCCCCCUUAUAAUUCAGACCUGGCGGGGAAAAGGUGCUCGUAAAUAUAAGGCAUAUAUUGCAUUGUUCGUCUGUUUGUCCACUUCCGCUAUUCAUAUUGAGCUUGUUACCAACUACGCUGCUUCUGGAUUCCUCGCUGCCUAUAAGAGAUUCACAGCCAGAAGGGGCAUCUGUGCAACUCUUCGAAGUGAUUGCGGGACCAACUUCAUUGGAGCUAAUUCAGAGCUCAAAGCAAUGUUCUCCGAAUCAUCAAAAGAACUUCAGCAAAUAGCUCAUCUCAUCAGUAACGAUGGUACCAAGUGGAUUUUUAACCCACCUUCCGCUCCUCACUUUGGAGGGAACUGGGAAGCUGGCGUUAAAUCCGUUAAGAGUCAUCUGCUUCGUACGAUUGGAGAGAAUCAUCUCACUUAUGAAGAAAUGACGACUUUAUUAACACAAAUUGAAGCUGUUCUUAAUUCACGACCUAUCGGUCCCAUCUCUGAUGAUCCUGAUGAUCUCUCAGUAUUAACACCUAGUCAUUUCCUCAUUGGAGGACCAUCUACUGUAAUUCCUGAAGCUUCUCUAGAAAACAGAAAAAUCUCAAAGCUCAAUCGAUGGCACCUCAUACGGCAAAUCACAGAAAGCUUCUGGAAUAAAUGGAUGGAGCAGUGUCUUCAAAGAUAUCAAGUCAUCCACAAAUGGAAGACACCUUCAAAUGACAUUCACGAAGGAAGCAUUGUUCUCAUCGCGGACGUAAGAUAUCCUCCUGGUAAAUGGCCUCUCGGACGAGUUCUUACGACACAUCAAGGUGCAGAUAAUCUGAUUAGAGUCGCUGUCAUCAGAACUCAGACUUCUACCAUCACCAGGCCAAUCACCAAACUCUGUCCACUGCCUACAGAUCAAGACUCUCUCUGA